GCCAUCAGUCACAGUUCCAAGAGAUUUCAAACUACUGACAGUUUCUACAGGGGAUCCAGUGAAGGUCAAAGGUUGAAAUGUAUCAGGAGUGUCUUGUGUGUUGCUGGAUAAGAAAAGUUCUUUGGUUUCACCUACAUUUACUAAACACACUCUCCUCACACCACUGCUGCAGGAAAACUGCAUGAUUAAAAUAUGCGCCAUCUUUUGCAGAGUCCCCCUCACACAGAAGGCCAACCAGUGCCAUAUCGUCAGCACACUGUAGGAAGUUAAAGUGUGAGUCUUGGAUUUUAAACUCAUUGGUUUACACAGAAAAUAACAACGGUGAUAAAAUGGCAAUUCAUAUGAAUCAACAAAUGAACUUCAGAUCUGGUUCAGUCGUGUCCUUCUGGAUUCACAGCUGCAACAAAUAACUUGUUCGAUGAUAUUUGUUUAAACCCAUCUGAAGCUUGAAAUGCUGGUUUGGCUCCGGAUGAUCUUCUGAAAUUCAACUGUUUUGUCACAAAUGCUUCAAAGCUGAUCAUUAAAUACGUGAGAAAAUGAUUAUACAGCAGUUUAAGUAUUUUCUGACAGUUUCCUUUGAUUAUUGUCAGUCAGCAGGUUUUUAAACCAGUUAAAGAAAACCGAACCGAAAUUGAGGAAGAGUUGGAGAAACAUGGAGCCAUCACCGAAGCCUGAGGAGAAGAAGGAUUUUACAGCUAAAAACUGAAAUGUUUUCAAACGGGGAGCAGGUUUGAACCGAGGCUUCAGUGGAAAUGAGGAAAAAAGUUCAGAUUCACAGCGCUGCUCCUCUUCCUGGAAUGAGUCAAAGCUUGAUGACCCCUCCCUCUUCUUCCUGCUCUCAAACACAGCGAGCGCCACUCUGCACACAUAUUUGCUUGUUCCCUCCCCUUCAGAUCUACAGUUUGAAGAUGGGUGUAGCCAACAUGUGGGGAAGUGCAGGAGCUGACAGACCCCAUUCACUGCACAAACACAUGUUGUUUAGAUCAGAGCUCAAACUCCUUUCCGCUCUUAGAAAGUGAAACUCAGACAGCCGUUGCCACUGAGAGGUGAAAUGGCGCAGAAAGGAGUUCAGCUAGACCGGGAAAUCUUCUCUUGUUCAAUCUGUCUGGAUCUACUGAAGGAUCCGGUGACUAUUCCCUGUGGACACAGCUACUGCAUGAACUGUAUUAAAAGCUUCUGGGAUGAAGAGGAUGAGAAGAACAUCCACAGCUGCCCUCAGUGCAGGCAGACCUUUAUACCGAGGCCUGUCCUGCUGAAAAGCACAGUGUUAGCAGCUUUAGUGGAGGAACUGAAGAAGACCGGACUCCAAGCUGCUCCUGCUGAUCACUGCUAUGCUGGACCUGAAGAUGUGGCCUGUGAUUUCUGCACUGGGAGAAAACUGAAAGCCCUCAAGUCCUGCCUGGUCUGUCUGGUCUCUUACUGUGACAAACACCUCCAGCCUCAUUACGAUGUGGCUCCAUUAAAGAAACACAAGCUGGUGGACCCCUCCAAGAAGCUCCAGGAGAACAUCUGCUCUCGUCAUGAUGAGGUGAUGAAGAUGUUCUGCCGUACUGACCAGCAGUGUAUCUGUUAUCUCUGCCCUGUGGAGGAACAUAAAGGCCACGACACAGUCUCAGCUGCAGCAGAAAGGACUGAGAGGCAGAGAGAGCUCGAGGUGAGGCGACAAAACAUCCAGCAGAGAAUCCAGGACAGACAGAAAGAUGUGAAGCUGCUUCAGCAGGAGGUGGAGGCGAUCAAUCGCUCUGCUGAUAAAGCAGUGGAGGACAGUGAGAAGAUCUUCACUGAGCUGAUCCGUCUCAUGGAGAAAAGAAGCUCUGAUGUGAAGCAGCAGGUCAGAUCCCAGCAGGAAACUGAAGUGAGUCGAGUCAAAGAGUUUCAGGAGAAGCUGGAGCAGGAGAUCACUGAGCUGAAGAGGAAAGACGCUGAGCUGGAGCAGCUCUCACGCACAGAGGAUCACAACCAGUUUCUACACAGCUACCCCUCACUGUCACGACUCAGGGAGUCUACAGACUCAUCCAGCAUCGAUAUCCGUCCUCUGAGCUACUUUGAGGAUGUGACAGCGGCUGUGUCAGAGGUCAGAGAUAAACUACAGGACGUUCUGAGUGAGAAAUGGACAAACAUCUCACUGACGGUGACUGAAGUGGAUGUUUUACUGUCACAAGCAGAGCCCAAGACCAGAGCUGGAGUCUUAAAAUAUUCACAUGAAAUCACACUGGAUCCAAACACAGCAAACACACGUCUGUUAUUAUCUGAAGGGAACAGAAAAGCAACAGUAAUGAGAGAAGUUCAGUCUUAUUCUAGUCACCCAGACAGAUUCACUGGAUGUUGUCAGGUCCUGAGUAGAGAGAGUCUGACUGGACGUUGUUACUGGGAGGUGGAGUUGGGAGGGGGAGGAGUUUAUGUAGCAGUCGCAUACAAGAAUAUCAGCAGAGCAGGGAGGUUGAAUGAAUGUGUAUUUGGAUUCAAUGACAAAUCUUGGAUGUUAUAUUGUGACAACAACAGUUAUAACUUUUGGUACAACGAUGUCGAAACUCCCGUCUCAGGUCCUCAGUCCUCCAGAGUAGGAGUGUACCUGGAUCACAGGGCAGGUAUUCUGUCCUUCUACAGCAUCUCUGAAACCAUGACUCUCCUCCACAGAGUCCAGACCACAUUCACUCAGCCUCUCUAUGCUGGACUUCGGUUUUUCUCUUCUGGAGACACUGCUGAGUUCUGUAAACUGAAAUAGUCAGAAGUCAUUUAAGGGACAGUGGGUUAAAUUCUGUGUUUUAACUCUUAAACUUAUUUUGUCUUCAUGUUUGCUGCUGAGCGCUGAUUGUUGUGGCAUUUCUUCACUGCACAGAGAUCAGCUGUCAAUCAAACAUUAUGGGUGGUCCUGUGACACCUUCUCAUUAGCGGUUCUGUAAAUGUUUGAGUUUCUUUAGGUGGCGCUCCUUCCUGUCUGUUUAGCCAUGGAGGCUGUCACUGCUCAGGAUGACUUUGGCUGAGCUGAACUGACAUUUCUCUGCAUGAAGAUGGAAACUUCUGUGCUCUAAAUGUUGGCUGAAUAUUUGUAUUGAUGUGUUUGUCUGUUGUUGUUUCUCUUCCACUGCAUGGGUCUAAAGAGAGAAAGCACCAGACCUUCCUUUAUCGGAGAUAUUUUGUUUUCAUCCAUUUGUAAAGAAAUCUAUAAUUACAUUUACAUUUGUUUGUUUGGCAGACCAGAUGUUGUUGUUGUCCAAAGUGACAUACAAAUGAGGUACUAUGAGGUAUUAUAAACCUGUAACUGAUGGGAUGUGUGAACGAACUGAAGGUUUACAUGAUGAAUAAACAAACGUGAACAAAG